UUAUAUUAUCGUGACUUUGAGGUGAAUAUGGCGCUACAAUUUGAGGGGGUACCGGCAGGUGUCAGUGAAAAACAACAGCAGUUUAUUCGUGAAGUGCUACAAAAAAGAGGAUUUGAAAAUAACAAGGUGGUGUUCGAACCAGCUGGCAAGGCUGGUGAUAACUAUGCAGCCACCGUUUUGAGAAUAACAGUUAUUGUUCAAGAUGGCAAUGACUUCAAGAUGAUCGCCAAAGUCGCACCACAACUUGAGGCUGUACGUACCGGUUUGAAAACACCAUAUCUGUUCAAUAACGAAAUAAUUAUGUACGAACAAGUGCUACCAAAGUUUAAAAGUCUGCAAGAAGAAGCUGGCGUAUCAGAAAAUGAAAUUUUGCGGUAUGCUCAUUGUUACGGUUGCCUUUCGGAAGAACCAAACGAAGUGAUUUUGCUUGAGGACUUAAAACCUUUAGAUUACGUAAUGCUGGAUAGGCGUGCGCCGAUGAGCAAUGAAGCCGUGUUGCUGGUUCUCAAAAACUUUGCUACUAUACAUACCAUGUCAUAUGUUUUAAAACAUUUGGAACCAGAAACGUAUGAAAAUUUUAGUAACAGAUUGACUGAUGUGUGGAAAUUAAUGACAAAUGAGGAGGACCUAAUGGUGUUUUUGGCGUUAGCUGAACAAAGUGCUCUCGAAGUAUUAGAUGACGAGGAAUACAAAAAAUACAUACGCGGUGUUGUUUCUCAAAUGAAUGCACAAUUGCCUAAAAUUAAGAAACACGAGAACCCUAAAUAUUUAAUAAUUCAGCAAGGUGACUCCUGGACAAAUAAUAUCAUGUUCCAACUUGAUGAAGGCAAGCCCUCGAAUGCCAUCAUGAUCGACUACCAGCUGGCCAACGAGAACAGUCCAGUGGCCGAUUUCCUUUACUUCAUCUUCUGCUGUACAGACCACGCCAGCAGGUCAGAACAUUACCAAGAUUGGAUAAGCUUCUACCACGAUCAGCUUGACAAAUCAUUAUCCAACUACGGUUUGAAGGCCAACUACAUUUAUCCAAAGGAUCAGCUGGACGCAGAUCUCAAGAGAUAUUCCAAGUGGUUCUUAGGAUCGGCAGUUGUGCUGCAAAGUAUACUGAUGAGGAAUCCAGAAGAAGCCGCUCAGAUGCACGAAGCGAUGACGAAAUUUGAUGAGGAAAAAUUGGAAGGUAUGUCAAAGGAGACUCUUAGCGGAGAUACCAUCGCUCUGUUCAAAAGUGCACUUCAUGGUCUAAUAGACAGCUACCGUCAGUUUGGAUACUAUCGUGACUUUGAGGUGAAUAUGGCGUUACAAUUUGAGGGGGUACCGGCAGGUGUCAGUGAAAAACAACAGCAGUUUAUUCGUGAAGUGCUACAAAAAAGAGGAUUUGAAAAUAACAAGGUGGUGUUCGAACCAGCUGGCAAGGCUGGUGAUAACUUUGUAGCCACCGUUUUGAGAAUAACAGUUAUUGUUCAAGAUGGCAAUGACUUCAAGAUGAUCGCCAAAGUCGCACCACAACUUGAGGCUGUACGUACCGGUAUGAACACAUCAUAUUUGUUCAAUAACGAAAUAAUUAUGUACGAACAAGUGCUACCAAAGUUUAAAAGUCUGCAAGAAGAAGCUGGCGUAUCAGAAAAUGAAAUUUUGCGGUAUGCUCAUUGUUACGGUUGCCUUUCGGAAGAACCAAACGAAGUGAUUUUGCUUGAGGACUUAAAACCUUUAGAUUACGUAAUGCUGGAUAGGCGUGCGCCGAUGAGCAUUGAAGCCGUGUUGCUGGUUCUCAAAAACUUUGCUACUAUACAUUCCAUGUCAUAUGUUUUAAAACAUUUGGAACCAGAAACGUAUGAAAAUUUUAGUAACAGAUUGACUGAUGUGUGGAAAUUAAUGACAAAUGAGGACCAAAUGAUGUUUUUGGCGCAAGUUGAACAAAGUGCUCUCGAAGUAUUAGAUGACGAGGAAUACAAAAAAUACAUACGCGGUGUUGUUUCUCAAAUGAAUGCACUAUUGCCUAAAAUUAAGAAACACGAGAACCCUAAAUAUUUAAUAAUUCAGCAAGGUGACUCCUGGACAAAUAAUAUCAUGUUCCAACUUGAUGAAGGCAAGCCCUCGAAUGCCAUCAUGAUCGACUACCAGCUGGCCAACGAGAACAGUCCAGUGGCCGAUCUCCUUUACUUCGUCUUCUGCUGUACAGACCACGCCAUCAGGUCUGAACAUUACCAAGAUUGGAUAAGCUUCUACCACGAACAGCUUGACAAAUCAUUAUCCAACUUCGGUUUGAAGGCCAACUACAUUUAUCCAAAGGAUCAGCUGGACGCAGAUCUCAAGAGAUAUUCCAAGUUGUUCUUAGGAUCGGCAGUUCUGCUGCAAAGUAUGCUGAUGAGGAGUCCAGAAGAAGCCGCUCAGAUGCACGAAGCGUUAACGAAUUUUGAUGUGGAAAAAAUGGAGGGUAUGUCAGUGGAGACUCUUAGCGGAGAUACCAUCGCUCUGUUCAAAAGUGCACUUCAUGGUCUAAUAGACAGCUACCGUCAGUUUGGAUACGUUUCCUAAGCUACUAGAUUCUCCAAGCCAAGAUGAAGGAAGUUAAAGCAAGCAUUGCUAAGUAGGAUAUUGUCCGUAUUCACAAACAUUACUAUGAGGUCUUACAGUGCGCGUGGACGCAAAGGGUGACACACGACCCAAUCACAGAGCUCUAUUCAACGCUGUGCGUUUGAUUUGCUGCUUCACAUAAGCAAGCAUCGUAUGUGAAUACGUGAAUUUUGUUUAAGGAUAAUAGUGCGUUAUUUCGAAAGAUUGCCCACCGUAAGAUGCAAAUAAAAUAAUGUGAAUUAA